AAAUUUGCUUAUGUUCGAAAAUUUUGGAGGUUUAGGGAUUUUCUCGAAGAACCUAUUAUUAAUAUAGUUUGACAAUUCUCACAGUUCAUUUCUCAAACACCUUGGAUUCGUCUUAAUUCAUUAUAUCAAUAGUCCAGUAGCCUUACAACCCAUCCUCACAUCCAUUACAUUCUUACAUUGCAAUCCAGGAACCAAACAACUGGAAUAAUGUCAUGAACCCAAUCAACUUGGAUUGGGCUUGAGGGCCUCAAGCUAAAUUGUUUUCUUUCUUUCUAUUGAGUUACUAAGCUGUCCUAGUGGCCCGUGAGCUUAUUUUGUUGUUUGUAGAAACUCGCCAAUGGCCUUCUUUUGUUGCUGGCGUGUUGUUAGUCUCUAUUCUAGGUCAAGUAUUAUAUGUAUGAGGAGGAGGGUUUGGGGGUGAUUAUUUGAAGGCCUAUUAAGAAUUCUCUUGUAUUCAUGUAGGUUAGGGUUCCUCGAAAUGCCCUAUUAUCAUUUUACAGUAAUUCAAUUACAAUUAGUUCAUCCAUUUUCUAUUACACUUUUUGAAUCCACAAGGGAUAUUUCUCCAUUCACUAUUAGGACCAUAACAAGUGGUAUUUAAAGCCAACGAUUCAUGGAGGAUGGAACACUUUUCAAGCAGCAACAAGAGAUCUUAUAGCGGCAGGUAGAGUCUCAUGAGAAGAGUCUUCAGGAGAUCAAGGAUCGCUUGAAUUAGCUGAUGGAGAUGGAAUUAAUGACAAAUCAGAACAAACUUCAUAAUCAGAAUAUCGUUAUAGAAAAAUCAGUGAGCGAACAAUCAUCGACAAAGAUGACUUCCACCUCUUCCCACACCUCACUCUUGGUAGAAUCAAGACAAGCCUAUGAGCAUAAUUCUUGUCAAAGGUUGGAAGAGAACAAUACCAUUGAUACCAUCAAUACCAUCGACCAUGUGAAGGCUGAGGUCCAAGACAAAAAGGGCACUUGGCUUGACUAGCAACGUCUCAUCUUCAACGGAAGGCAACUCAAAGAUGGUCAUUCCCUAGCCUUGGUGCAGCAGUACACAGAGGAAGCUCCUUCUCAUUCUCUGCUCAAGGCUAAUUCAGAGCUCGCUCUCACUCUCGAUGCUCAACUAAAGCUCAACGGCGAUGGCUCCACAUUUCUCGUUUCCACCUAUGUGAACCCAGCCAUGGCAAAGGGUGAGAGUCCAACAAAUGGUAUCGACUUGGGAAUGACAUACUCAUGUGUUUGUUUGGCAACAUGACUGCAAAGAGAUUGAAGCUGAUAUUACAGUGGCACUGCCCAUGGUUGAAAAGCAUACCACUGCAUUUGGUUUGAUGAAGAUUGAUGAAGAAGGCCGCAUGGUUGAGUUUGCCGAGAAUUUUACGGGCAAGAAAAUCUUUGCUCCUCAGUUGGUUGAUGCUUUGCCCAUAAAAAUUAUUUUUAAGCCCUUUGAUAGAGGAAGAGAAGGAAACCCUGUGGGAAAUAAUUGUAAUGACCAGGACACCAUGGAGCUUCUGAAAGAACCUCAUAAAUUUUUUGUAGCAAAUAAUAUAAUAGAUCAUGUCACUAAGAAGGAGAGUAAUUAUUUGGGUGAUGUGCUGGAAAAGAAUUUGGAGUGUGGAGUGGAGAGUGGGUUUGAGUGAGAAUUAGGAUGGGUCUGAAAAAUUUAUUGAAGGUUUGGUGUGCAAAGGUGAUUCCAAUGAUGCCUAUUUUUGUCUUGAUUCUUAAGCACUCUGAAGAAGAUGUGAAGUCUGGCCAAAUAGAUAUGAAUUUCGCCUAAGGGUAACCUUGGGACCUGUAGGAGAUUUGACGAUGAUUUCUCAUAUUUGCAAUACAAUCACCGAUGGGAAGCCGUUUAUGUUCACAUUUUCCUACCACACAUUUUUCUGUUACUACAGGAGACAAUGGAUUCAAGAUACUUGCAAAUGUUGUUGGCCUCAGAUCUUUUAGAGCAAUUGAAGUCCAAUCGUUUGAAGCAUUGAGAUCACCCAUUGAAUCUACUACAGAUAAGGUUUCUGGCUCUUUAGCCAUCACAAAUGUCAAUCCAGUCAAUUGUAAAGUGGAAAAAAGCUCCUCGGUCAGGCCUUCUCCAAUUCUUAAUGGCGUUGAUCUAAUGGGUAGAAGCAUGGAUAAGAAAAUAUAUGUGGAAGAUGUAACUGAUAUAACUAAACUUUGGCAAUUGUCUGAAAUUGUGGGUGUUGUCCAAUGUCGAUUAGUUACCAUGCCUAAUAGCACAGAUUCUUCCAGCAAGGUUGUACGACUUUUAUAUACAAAUUCUGGUGUUGGAGUUUUGGCACUGGGAGCAAAUGGUGUUCAGAAGCUGUGGAAGUGGACACGCAAUGAACAAAAUCCCAAGUGGAAAGGUCACCACCAGUGUUGUUCUGAAUCAUUGGCAACCAAACAAUGUCUUCUUAUGACUGAUUAUGUCUCAGGUGUCAAUCUUGAAGAAGCAGUUAUGUGUAUAGCUCUAUCAAAUAAUGACUCAUAUGUAAUGCCAACUUGUGGUGGAAAGGUUUCAUUAUUUAACAUGAUGACAUUCAAGGUAAUGACAACAUUCAAGCCACCACCCCCUGCUUCUACGGUUUUAACAUUCCAUCCUCAGUAUAAUAGCAUCAUAGCUAUUGGAAUGGAGGACUUAACAAUCCACAUAUAUAAUGUUAGUGUGGAUGAGGUUAAAUCAAAAUUGAGGGGUCACCAGAAGUGGAUUACUGGUUUGGAUUUUUUGACAAAUCUUAAUAUCCUAUUUUAUCUGGGUACAAAUGCUCAACUUUGUGUGUGGAGCAUUGACAGGUGGGAAAAGAGGAAGCAGCUCUAAGAUGGAUUGCAUUCGACAAUGGAUCCCACAAGAUGUGCUUUCAAUGCCCAUUUCUUCUGUUGCAUACUAAUGCAAUAGCCAACUGGUUUUUGCCACACUUACUGCUACUAAGGUGCAUCUUUUGCUAUUAAGUGGAAGUGAUUUAUGGGAGUAAGGUAAAAGUGCCCUUGGAGGGAGAAAAAAAGGAAGAUAUACAUACCAAGCUUAGGAAGAAGUACAAAUCAGUUUCUACGUGGUGGUUUGUUGUCAUCCUUGUGUUGAACAUUAUUCUUAUAAUGUAUGCCUUGAUGGGUUGUCCUACUGACUUAUGGCAUUGCCAAUUUCUUCACCCUCUCAAUUGGUAUCAUUGCUACCACCACAAACCAAAUGGCAAGAUUGAAUAUUAUAACAAAGUACAUUAUUGGGUA